AUGGUGGGAACUGGGGACCCCCCCCCCGAGCUUUUGAUGGAGACAUCUGGCGACUGUAGCAGCCCAUAUGUCAGGGUGACUCCUGGGUUCCUGACACAUCUGCAAGAUUUGGAGCCCCAAGUGGCAAGAAGACGCUUAUCUCAGGCACGACACCGGGCUACGCUGGCAGGACUCUUCAACAACCUGCGGGAAACUGUGUUUUCUCAGUCAGACAAUUCAGCAUCAAAGUGUCAGGUUUUGCGUAAAGCUAAGAAUUAUAUCCAGGAGCUGGAGCAAACCUUGGGUACCUUGCUGAAGAUGAAAGAGUCCUUCAAUCUGGAGGAUGGGAACCCGUCCAGCUUGGAGGAAGUCAAGGAGGAAUAUGUCAAGAUGUACUUCAGCGAUCACAGUACUGCAUCCCCUUCAGAUGCCAUGAGUGAGAGUGGCUCUACGGUUUGGUAUUUGAUUCAAGAAUAUGAAAAAAACUCAGUGGAAGAGGAUGGGAAGCCAAGACUUAUCCAGUCCCCAGCCACUUCAUCUCCUGAUCUGAUGGAGUUUGAACGGUACCUGUAUUUUUAUAAACAGACCGUGGACCUGCUGGUUGAGAAUGGGAUUGUGUGCACCGAAGAGGUCACUCUUCCUGUGGUCUCCACAGCUGUUUCCCACCUAUGGCAGAAUCUGCCAGAGGAAAGGAGAGACAGCGUCUUGCAGUACUGUAGUCAGAGACAAAAUAUACUCCCAGAUCCUAAGGCAGCCUGCACUGAAGGCAGUGUGAGGAACAGCAGAGCUAAUAGUCAGGAAGCCAGUGGUUCAUUGGUAUCCACGCCCGAGGAGAUACUAUUUGAAGAUGCAUUUGAUGUUGCUGCUGGCUUCCUUGACAGAAAUGAGACUCAACAAGCAUCCAGUCCAGGCUCAAUGUUCGCAGGCUGCACCUCAGAAAAUCCAGAGGAUAACCACCGGCUCUACUUGCAGAUCACUGGUUUCUUAAAGGGUCUUUUCUUUGCUAACACACAGUUUCCCCAGGAAGAGGCUCUUCAGUUUGACUAUGAGACCGUGAUGCUACAGUGCACGGAGACCUUUGAUGAUGAAGAUUUGUAA